ACCGUACCCCACACAGAGGGGUGGCAAUUCGUGCAGUCCACGGCGGAGGAAAACGAUGGCUUCUAUGGAGUCGUCUAGUUCUGCUAAAAAAGGCUUAGUUGAUCGGAUACAGAAGGGGAGUUCUUUUACAAUUACCGUUUAAUACGAUUCUUUCCUAAUGAGGUUUUCAAUCAAAAUCUAUGGUGAUUUAUUUGGUUUUAUUUUUGGUAGUGGUUGUUCUGCUGCGAUCUAUUGGGGAUGCUCCCAUUCUCAAACAAAACAAGUUUAAGAUGCCUGGAACAGACAAAUUUAUUAAAGUGAUUGAUUAUAUACGUCGGUCAAUCCAACGGGACACCUUGUUUGUGUUUGUCAACAGUGCAUUCUCACCUGGUCCAGAUGAGACAGUUAUUGAUCUAUAUAAUAACUUUGGAAUUGAUGGGAAGUUGGUCGUAAAUUAUGCCUGCUCGAUGGCUUGGGGAUAACUUGCAGUGUGGUAAUGUUUAGUGCUGAGGCUGUAAAUAGUCUAUUGAACUGUUCAUUCUAAGUACUGUGAUUAUAAGCUCAUCCAUUUCUUUUGUAAGAACCAUAGUAGUAGAUUUUCUUCCAUAUUUUAGGCUUAUAAUCAAGUCAAGUUCUAGAGUCAUACUUGUCAAGGACCAGAGUCUGUAAUUAUUUAUUUGAUCGACCUUGUUAAUCAAUUGUUUUAACAUUGAAUAUGCAAGCCAAAGGAUUUUUUUUUUUUU